AUGACGGCGGCGGCGGCGGCGGAGUUUUCCAUCCAUCGGACGGAGCUGACUCUUUUAUUGGAGGUGAUGUCACCUGUGUCGGCCACCAAACAGACAGAAAUGGUCAAUAAUCCCGUUUUUUUAUUGGAUUAUUAUAAACUGUGCAGCUGCAGGGAUCUGACGGAGAAAACUGUUCACGCCGUUUUUUCUCUUUUGCUGCUUUAA